UCGAACCGAGCAAUACGUCAGGAAACUUCGAGUGUGUGUGCAUUUACGAUCAAACAUCGAUUAGCGGAACCAUCACAACUUUUACCGAUCUUGGUUAGUCGGUUUUAAACCAUCAAGGAUCGAACACCGACAAUAUUUAAUCCCUCUUCCAACACAUACUUCUCUAUACAAAUUCGUAAGGAUUUUUUGAUGAUUGUGAAUACCGUGUUUUUCGGUUAAAAACGUGGGGGAGAAAAAAGAACAAGAAGAAGAAGAAGGAGAAGAGAAAAAAUUAAAAUAAAAACAAAAAAUCGAAACUUUCAUUUACUAGUGUUGUAAGAGAUUCGAAGUUAUCGUUCAAGUUUGCAAUAAAACAAAAGAAAUAAGAAGAAAUUUAAUCAAGUAGGUCAUUGGACAGCUUUCACCUGCGUAAAGAUGUUGCCGAAGUACCAAUUUUGUUUCUGGACAUUGGCAAUUUUACUUUGCCUUUCUUCUUUACUUUCCUUCGUGCAUUCUACAUCUUGUCAAAAUCAACAAGACGAGGAACCCAAAGUUAGAAUUAAAAAUGGCACGUUAAAUGGAUUGAUCAUGAAAACGAGACACGGACGUAAAUUCGAUGGAUUUCUUGGUAUUCCUUAUGCCUUGCCGCCAAUCGGUAAACUUAGAUUCGAGCUACCGCAACCAAUGACCGCGUGGAAGGGAACGCGAGAUGCAAAAAAAGAUGCAGAGAUAUGCACUCAAAGAAACAUUUACACUGAUCAAGAAGAAAUCGUCGGAACGGAGGAUUGUCUUUACCUGAACGUUUAUACACCGAAAUUACCUAAAACGAAGGAAGACAAAAAUCCACUAAAUAGUUUUCCUGUUAUGGUUUGGUUUCAUGGUGGUGGCUGGGUCACCGGUGCUGGUCAUUCCGAAUUUUACGGACCGAAAUUCUUUUUGGAUCACGACGUUGUCCUCGUUACGAUGAAUUUUAGGCUUGGUCCAUUAGGAUUUUUGAGUACGGAAGAUUUGGUAUGUCCGGGAAAUCUUGGUUUGAAGGAUCAGGUUCAAGUACUUCGAUGGAUUAACGAAAACAUUGCUGAAUUUGGUGGCGAUCCUAACAGGGUGACAAUUUUUGGUGAGAGUGCUGGUGGUGCUAGCGUUCAUUAUCACAUGAUGAGCAAUCUCUCGAAAGGUCUUUUCCAUCGUGCUAUAUCACAAAGUGGAACAGCUCAUUGUCCUUGGACUUUGACCAGGCAAGGAACAGCUAAAAUUAAGGCUCAAAGUGUUGGAAAACUUGUAAAUUGUCCUACCGACGAUUCCAAAGCUCUCAUUGAAUGUUUGAGAACUAAAGAUGCUUACGAUAUUAUUGGUACCGAUCGACACUUUCAGAAAUUUGGUUAUUGUCCAAUGAUACCAUUCAGACCAGUAAUCGAACCAGAUCAUCCAAAUGCAUUCAUUACUAAAGAUCCUGCAAUUAUAACAAAACUUGGAGAAAUGACAGACAUUCCAUGGAUGACUGGUAUUACUUCAGAAGAAGGAUCACUCAAAGUACCGUCACUGUAUACCAAGUCCAAAGGCGAACUGAUAAAAAGAAUGAACGAUGAAUUUGCGAACAUUGCACCGGUUACCUUGCUGCAUGGUGAAACCUGUCCCGAUUAUCUACACGAUAAAAUAAGUCUAGCGAUACGGGAAUUUUAUUUCCAAGGAAAUCCUAUAGAUAAUUCUACUCGCAUGCAAGUUGUUGAUAUGUACAGCGAUGCUUGGUUCAACCAUGGUGCACGUACUGCAAUUCGUGAUUACUUUAAAACCCAAUCGUCUCCUAUUUAUUUUUAUUACUUUGCAUACAAAGGUAGUGUCUCGUUUAGCAAAAUAUUCGGUGAUGAUAGCGCAGAUUAUGGUGUUACUCAUGCCGAUGAUUUGCAUUAUCUCUUUCCGGUUGGUGAACAAUUAUUUAAGGAAAUUUCUCCGAGUAAAGAGGAUCAAAAAAUGAUUGACACUAUGACAUCGCUGUGGUUUAAUUUCGCUAAGACUGGAAACCCAACACCGGAAAUAACAAAUAUCAUAACAGAAAAAUGGAAACCGGUGAGAACAGAGGCAUUGGAAUAUUAUUAUAUAAAUAAUACGAAGUUAUCAAUGUCUCGCGAUCUUCAUCCUAAAAGAAGAGAAUUUUGGGAUAAUUUGCCGGCCUGUAUUAAUCAAAAUAACACGAACGAGAUGCAUUUUACUAUAAAAGAAGAAUUAUAAGAAAAAGUAUCUAUCGUUUAUGAUCGUGUAUUUUCGUAUUUAAUGCGAAAAAUAAUGUUUACACGAGACUGUAUUUUUGAAUGGUUUACAAACGUUGAUAAAAAAACGCUUGCAUAUGAAAAAAUUAAAAUGACUGAAGUAAUUAAGUUAAUUAUUAUAAAUAAGGAUCUCUCUAUGCGAUUUUAUCUACGAGAAAAAUUCUAUCCGGGGUAUAUGUGUAACGUAGGAUAAAUAUAUUAAUAAAAUAAGAUAUCGUGUUUUUUUACGAAAGGUAAAUUAGAAAAUUGGUCAGGUGGUGGGUGGUACGCGUGCACUUGACCGAGCUUGCAAUCCUGUAAAACUAAAAACCUUUUGUUUGAUUCGUCGUAAAAGAAAAAUUGUAUCAAAUAAUUUAAAAUAUAAGAUGAUAGAAUGUUGAAUAAUUGUGGGGAGUAUAUAAUUGAUAAACAUUAUUCUUACAUAAAAUCCAAUUAUUUUCGUUUAGAUUUGAUGCGAGAAGUUUGUUCUUUGUUAUUGAAAAUUUCGGGCGUUAAUUGUCGUAACGGGAGUGUAGAUAAUUUGAUGGGUAAAGCCAUACAAGCCAAGGAAUUAUUUCCAUUGAUCACAUUUUUGAAUGGAAUUUCGAAUGAUUCCGAUUCGUCGUUGAAUAUUUGAAAAUCUUUAUAUUUUACUUCGGCUAGUAAUGUAAAUCCUAAUUUACGUGCUUUAUACGUGUAAUAUUACAAAAAAUGAAACAUAUUAAAAUUAAUGUAAAAAUAUAUGAAAAAUCCAUU